GUUUUAGUUGUGGAUAUGAUCGAACGUGCUUUAAGCUAUCUAAUGGAUUCUAAAACUAAAACGCAAAUUUCUGGGAUAUUUUACUUAAGUUUCGUUUGCCUAUUAUCACCUGUUUUGGUGUGUGGGCAGGGUCAUGUGCUGGAUAAACCCGUCACUGAGCUGUGCCUCAACUGCAUCUGCGAAGCAAUCAGCGGUUGCAAUGCGACUGCCGUUUGCAUCAGUCCGGAGAAGGGAACCUGUGGCAUCUUUCGAAUUACCUGGGCCUAUUGGGUGGACUCCGGCAAGCUGACCAUCAAUGGGGAGCAUCCCGAAUCGGAGCAUGCGUUCAUCCAUUGUGCCAAUGAUCCGCACUGUGCCGCCGACACUGUCCAGAAUUACAUGAAGCAAUUUAAUCAGGAUUGCAAUGACGAUGGUGAGAUGGAUUGUCUGGACUAUGCGAGAAUACACAAGCUGGGUGGCUAUGGCUGUAAAGGAGAUUUGCCCUAUAAAUACCAGAGUACAUUCGAGGAGUGCAUCGAGGACUAUCAGGACCAGGGAUUUGAGUGAUAUCAUGGAAAGAUGAUUUACUCGUAUCGGUUAUUAUCACUUUUCAAUCGGUUUAAAUGAACUAAACUUGCUUUCUAGUUACAAACUCACUUAAAAGUGUUAGAAUUAAAAUUUUUUUUUUUUUGUUAUCAAUCGGUUAUUUAAACGGCUAAGUUGAAUAUAUAGAUAUGAUAUACUUGUAUCGGUUAUUAUCACUUUUCAAUCGGUUAAGGCAAACUAGACUUGAUUUUAAUUUAUCAACUCACUUAAAAGUGUUAGAAUUUUACAAUUUGUUAUUGUUAUCAAUCGGUUAUUUAAACGGUUAAGACGCAUAUAAAGUUGUGAUAUACUCGUAUCGGCUAUUAUCACUUUAUUCGGUUAAGACAAACUAAACUUGCUUUUAAGUUACAACCUUACUUAUAAUUAUUAAAAUUAACAUUUUGUUAUUAUUA